GAUGUAAAAAAUAUAACUCAACCUCAUUAGAAGGUACUGUAUUAUUUAUUGAUGUUAAAAAUUUAGUUUCAAAAGAACUAAUACAAUAUCUUGAAAAUGCGUUUCUCUACAUUUUUUUUGUUCUUGGUGAUUGUAACAAUCUCAUUUCUCAAUGAAACAGAAGCAAGACGAAAGAUUCUUAGGGGAAGAAAAACUAUUACCAGGACAUAUUAUAAAUCAUUAGGAAUACCGGCUUGGUUGUCAAUCACAUUCACUGGACUCAUCAUAUUAGGGAUUUCAGGAAUAAUUUUUGCUGUAUUGCAAAAAUUUAUUAUAAUUAACAAUCAACCUCCACAACAAACGCCUUCCUCGGUACCACUCACAACAUCAACUUAAAACCCCUGAAGUAUUAAUUUACUAACAAUUUUUAGUUUUAAAAAUAUUGUAAUUCAGGCAAAAUCRAUAAUUAAAAGAUAUAGUUGAACUAUCUUAUAAUCAUUUUGUAUAAGAGGAACUAAUGUACAAAACAAUUUUACCUGGAAAUUACUGUUAUUUAUGUGCUAAAGGUUUUUUUAUUUARUAAUGUAAUUCAAAAUAAAAUCAUUUUUUUUUUUUAAAUUGUUUUCAUGUUAAUCUG